AUGUUACCGGCGUUCCUCCUCCUCGUCACGCUCUGCAGCGGUGGCUACUGCUCUCCUCGGUGCUGCGGCGCCGCUGCCCCCCGAGCCACGGACACCAUCGACGUCCGAGCCAUGCAAGCGAUUGCAAAGUCCACCGGCGCGGACAAGUCGCUGGGCUGGGGCGUCAAGUCAGCCGAUCCGUGCGACGGCACCUGGUCGGGCGUGCGCUGCGACAAGGGCGAGGGCCGCGUCACCUCCAUCAACGCCAGCAACGGCGGCCUCGUCGGCACGAUCUCGGGCACCGACCUGAGCGACCUGGCGUUCCUGUCCUCGCUCGACCUCAGCUUCAACCAGCUCGGCGACGACCUCCCGGUCCUCCCGCGGCCACUCAGCUACCUGACGACGCUCAACCUCAGCUCCAACUCCUCCUUCGGCAUCCCCGACAGCUUCUUCUUCUCUUUCCCGGCGCUCGAGACGUUCGCCGUCGACGACAACCUGGUGAUCACGGGGAACGUCCCGGAGGACGUGGUGCGCUGUCCCGCACUCAGGACCUUCUCGGCUAAUAACGUCACGCUCUUCGGCGCCGUCCCGGAGCUCCUCGGCAACGUGACCAUUUUCCCGGCUCUCGAGCGCCUCUCGCUCGCUAGGAACCAUCUCCUGGCGUCGAUAGGGCCAGACUUCGGCAAGGGCAGCAAGAUCAGGUUCCUGGACCUUAGCAGUCAGACCCCUGAAACCGAGGGCGAUAGCCUCACCGGGCGUCUCGACUUCGUCGCCGGCAUGACGGACCUCGUGGAGAUCCACGUGGGUGGCAACUCGUUCGACGGGCCGCUGCCGGGUGCCUCCAGGCUCGUGAAUCUCAAGGUGUUCGACGCGCCCAACAACAACUUGUGUGGGCCGGUCCAGUACAAGUUCCCUCCAGGGGUUGCUGUCAACGUUGAUGGGAACCCUGGCGUUGGCAAGGACUGCUAG